AUGGAGAUAAGAUGCAAUGCGACUUUUCGCUCGAUUGCGGCAACCGACCGUCGAAGUCGGCGCCACGGCGAUGGACCUCCAUUCGCUCGCUCGCCGGCACACGCGCCUGGCGUUCGCACACCACGCGCUCCGUCCCGCCAAUCCAUCAAUGGUGAUUGUGACCGUUCACAGGAAUUUGGCAACAGGAACGAAGCGCCAACCGCAGUCGACAUGGACAAAGACCACGCUCUGGAGGAGAUGAUGGGGAAACUCGGGGAUUUCGGGAGGUACCAAUGCUUCCAGUUCAUUCUCCACAUAUUGGCGGCGAUGACCGCUGGGAUGCACAUGCUGUCUUUGGUAACGGUGGCUGCGGUGCCUGAACAUAGAUGCUGGAUCGAAGGCUUAGAUACUAACGAAUCAAUAGCAGCAUGGAACUCCACGGAGGUUUUAGCCGCAAUACCUAGCACAUUGGACGGCAGAAUACACAGCUGUUACAUGUUUAAUGAAUUCAAUGAAACUGUAAAGUGCUCGAAGUGGGUCUUUGACACGCAGUAUAGGUCAUCAUCGCGUGCUAUCGAAUGGGAUUUCGUUUGUGACAAACGAUGGAUGGGUGCAGUUGCACAAACUGUUUACAUGUUGGGAGUAUUUACUGGCGCUGUGGUAUUAGGAGGAAUGGCGGACAAAUACGGCCGAAAGACAAUAUUCUGCUGGUCGGGCGUGCUGCAGUUGAUAUUCGGCGUGGUAGUAGCUUUUAUACCCGAAUACUGGUCAUUUUUAGUAAUACGAUACUUGUACGCAAUAUUCGGUUCGGCCGGAUCAUACAUCACUGGUUUCGUAUUGACCAUGGAGAUUGUUGGUUCAAGUAAAAGGACCGCCUGCGGUGUGGCUUUCCAAGCGGCGUUUGCAUUAGGCAUCAUGCUGGUGGCAGGUUGGGGGGCACUUAUAGAUAAUAGGCAAAUAUUACAAAUCGUUUACGGACUACACAGUCUCCUGUUAAUUCCGCACAUAUGGAUCAUGGAUGAAUCUCCGCGUUGGCUGUGGGCCCAAGGACGAGCCAAAGAAGCUGUAGAUAUAGUCCAAAGAGCUCUUAAAUUUAACAGAUCUGAUGAAGUGUUAGAUAAAGCACAACUAGUAUCGAAGGGUAAAGUCGAAGCUUCGAAAGACACCGAUGCCCCUUCCGCUGGUACUAUGGACCUAUUUAAGACUCCUAAUUUGAGAAUUAAAACUAUUAACGUUUGUUUCUGUUGGAGUCAGGAUACCAUUUACGGCACUCGUGACAUAGAUCAGAGAUACUUAAAACGGAAGGUGCAAGCCGCUAACGUGAAC